GUCCUUACAUUUACACGGACGUUUUGGAUUUUAAGAACCUUCAAGAGUUGGUUGUGAAUCAUCGUAUUGACUGGAUCGUUCACUUCAGCGCACUUCUGAGUGCAGUCGGUGAACAAAAUGUGCCUUUGGCAAUACGAGUCAAUAUUGAAGGUCUGCACAACGUGAUGGAGCUGGCGAAGCAGUACCACCUGCGCAUCUUCGUGCCGAGCACGAUCGGCGCGUUCGGGCCGGAGUCACCGCUCGAGCUAACGCCGGACGUGUGCAUACAGCGUCCCAAGACCAUCUAUGGCGUGUCGAAGGUCCACGCUGAGCUGCUGGGGGAGGUAGGAU